AUGCGCGCAAAAGAGCGUAUAGACGUGCUAGAAGGCGCGCAGAGAUGGUUGGAGGCACGCUCUACAGAGGAGUCUGGAGGUUGGCUCGUGGACUGCUGUGGUGAGUCCAGAUCCCAAAUGCAGGGCCAGCGCACUCAUCUUGAUCUGAUCACGGGCUACCAAUGGGUCUGGCAGGAUCGGCAGCGAGAGCAGGUACAGAAGCAAAGAGCUGACUUCAAUUCCAAGCUGCGACCUUUGGCUGGCUUGGUUGGACGAGGUCUGAUGAGGAGCAACCAAGGCAGUGACGUGGACCUGGAGGCUGUUUUGCAGACCCACAACCUGGUCAUGGCCAACACCUGGUCUAGCUCCACGGCGGCCCGGGCACACACGUUCCACAAUGGUGGCACUCGCAGUCAAUUGGAUUUUCUGGCGACGCGAAGGCUCACGGUCGAUGCCUUGGCCAAGAUGUCAGACCUGAGAAUGCUCAAUCAGGAGGUGCUUAAG